GAACUAAGGAGGUUCAUUGCGACGCUAAUCCCCUAAAAUGGUCAACCAAGCUUGUUGUGUGUACGUUGGCAGUCUGGAUUUUGAGGUUACUGAGACUCAGCUUGGUGAUCACAUGAAGUCUGCUGGUGAGGUGGAGUCGGUCGACAUCUUGACUCGUAGAGACGGCAGAUCUAAAGGUUGCGCUCUUGUCGAAUACAAGACCGAGGAAGCUGCUGAGAAGGCUAUUGAUACCCUCAAUGACACCGAGGUCGGCACACGCAAGAUAUUCGUCCGAGAGGACCGCGGGCCCAUCGAGGAGAUGGAUCGAGAUGCUGCUGCUGCUACCCGACAGGGGAAGGGCAAGGGUGGAAAAGGAAAGGGUAAAGGGAAGGGUAAGGGCUUCAAGGGUCGAGACAGAAUCCGUCCCUUGAAGGUCGGCGAGAAGGACGUUCACAGGCUGAUCUAUGUUGGCAAUUUGCCUUGGAGGACCGCCUGGCAAGAUUUGAAGGAUCUUUUCCGCGAAUGCGGAGAAAUGAUUCGUGUCGAUGUGGCCGAGGGUUGGGAUGGAAGGUCGAAGGGCUUCGCCACGAUCCUCUUCCAAGAUGCUGAAGGAGCUCAAAAGGCUAUUGAAAAGUUCAAUGGUUACGAGUUCCAAGGACGUAAGAUGUUCGUUCGUGAGGAUCAAUUCUUGAAGGAGGACGGCACUUAUACUAGAAGCCGCAGAUCAAGCAGUCAGAAGGAAGCUGAUAAUGCCCCUACUCAAAAGGCACCGGUCGUCGACACCGAUGAUCGUGACGACUAA